UUAUUUUCUCACUUUACUCAAGCCGAGCGCAUCAUCCCGUCAGUGAUUGCGCGCACUCUACACACACGCACGCACACACACGCUGCGGGUCUGCACGAGCCGCGGACUUCCUCCAUUAUGUUGGGCGCAGUGAAAAUGGAAGGACACGAAACUCCAGACUGGAGCAGCUACUAUAGCGAUGCACAAGAGGUGUAUUCUCCCAUGACGAACAGCGGUAUGAACGCUGGGCUGGGCUCCAUGAAUAACAUGAACGGCUACAUGGGCAUGUCGACCAGUGGAAAUAUGACUUCUAGCUCUUUCAACAUGUCAUACGCGAACCCUGCGCUCGGUGCUGGACUGAGCCCGGGCACCAUGGCGGGGAUGCCAUCGGGCGCCACCGGUGCGAUGAACGGGAUGGGCGGCGGGGUAUCAACCAUGGGCACCGCUCUCAGCCCGUCCAACCUAAAUGCCAUGACGGCUCAGCACAGCUCCAUGAACGCCUUGAACCCUUAUUCCAAUAUGAGUCCCUCCAUGAGUUCCAUGAGUUACGCACAGCCCAACCUAAACCGGGCCAGAGACACCAAGACUUUCAGGAGAAGUUACCCGCAUGCCAAGCCGCCCUAUUCCUAUAUAUCGCUCAUUACGAUGGCUAUUCAACAGGCACCGAGCAAAAUGCUUACUUUAAGCGAGAUUUAUCAGUGGAUAAUGGACCUGUUUCCCUACUACCGUCAGAACCAACAAAGGUGGCAAAACUCCAUCAGGCAUUCACUGUCUUUCAACGACUGUUUCGUCAAAGUCUCCAGGUCGCCAGAUAAACCGGGAAAAGGCUCCUACUGGGCCCUACACCCUGAUUCUGGGAAUAUGUUUGAGAACGGCUGUUACCUGCGCCGACAAAAGCGCUUCAAAUGCGACAAAAAGCUGUCGGCGGGUAAGGGCUCUGAUGGAAAGAGGGAGCACAACAGUGGUUCGGGUUCGCCAUCGAGCGACAGCCCUAGCACCAAACCCGUGCAUAUGGACUCCAGCUCUAUAACCUCGUCGAACCACUCGUCCAGUCCGCACAGUUUGGACCACAGGAGCGGCACCACCAACUCCGAACUCAAAAGCACGGGCGCACAGAUCCAUUCCGUGUCCAGUUCGGCCACAUCUCUUUCCUCUAUACCUUUACCCCCUCACUCUUUGGGUCACGAGUCGCAGCUGCACCUCAAGGGAGACCCCCAUUACUCCUUCAAUCACCCGUUUUCCAUCAAUAAUUUAAUGUCCUCUUCAGAGCAACAGCAUAAACUGGAUUUGAAAGCCUAUGAACAAGCGUUGCAAUAUUCCUCCUAUGGCUCAGGGAUGUCGUCCAGUUUGCCCAUGGCCGGGAGAGCCAGCAUGGACCCAUCGGCUUUAGAGGCCUCGUACUAUCAAGGUGUGUAUUCCAGGCCGGUUCUUAAUACGUCUUAGUCCAUGUUUUCAUUUUCAACUGCUGCCGACGAGAAAAAAACUUUAUUUUAUUUUUUGCAUGCACCUGGUGCAUAAAGAACUGUUACUUUAAAGUAUAAAGAAUUGUGUAUGUGUAUAAUAAAAUAUUGUAAAGUGUUUCCCUUGAAUGAUUGUAUAUCCCAGUUAUAAAUCAUUGCUAGUGUAUUUAAAAUCAUUUUGAGCUUGUAAAAUACUUGUUGUAACCCCCAAAACUUGUAGUUCCCCACCAUAUGUUCAUGUGUUACAAACGUGCACGAAAGAAGGUCAACUUUGGUCAUGUAGAAAAAUGAUUGUUGCUGGUUUAAAAAAAGCCAUGCUCCUGUCUGUUGCAGAUGUAUUUGAAUGUUGUCAUUUUACUCAUUGUUUUGGGGUUUAUUUACCUCGUUUUGACAAAAACACUUUAAAUCCCAAUCUUGUACUGAAAUAAAUUAAUCCAACGUGGAAAUGCAUUCUGAAUAAAAUAUGUAUUUCGUAACCAAACAAAAAAUUACAGUGUUUGUGACGUUCUUAUAAAAAGAGGGAAAUAUAUGAAGGCGCGCGCCAAUUCCUUUGUAUUUUGGGCAAAUUUAUAUUUGAAAUUUACUGCAAAAAACAAAUGUGAUAAAUCCAGUCAUUUAUAGAAAUAUCAGACUUCAUUUAUUUGUGUAGCCUAUUUGUAGAAAACUUUAUUCUAUUUUUAUUUUUUUUCUAUUUAUUUGUUUUGUCUAUUAUAUUGUUCUUGCAAUAAUGACGCAUUCCCGCACAAGAUCAAUCAAUCCAUAGCAGAAUAAGUUAAAUAAAAUAGUAAUCCCCGCAAUUUUAAAUGUAUAUACCGUCUUCCCUCGAAGGCAGAUUUUGGCUGAGUCUCUCUGUUUUUGACUUGAUGUUGGUAAAAGACCAAGAGAAAAUCCAAGUCUAACACAAGCGCAGCCUGAAAGACUCGCUUCAUAAAAGAUCCGAUCGGGUUUUAAAUGGGAUUUUAAACAAUAUCAUAGAAAGGCCAAAUCAUCUUUUUGUGAAGCGUAACCUACAUGAUGGGCACGUGAACCUGAACAGAUUUGACUUUGAUCAUGGUAUUUUGUACACACGCAUUUUGGCUGAGUAGCCGUGAAAUUCAUUUAAUUAUCGUGUAAUUCCCCCCCGAUGCGUAAAUAAAAUGGAUAAUUGACUUCAGGCGACAGAAAUCGCUUUAAGUAUAUAGAAAUACAGAUCAUCUUAUGCAUGCGACCACAAUUAUGUCUUCAAUUAUUCAGCUGACACUUGUCUUUUAUUGUUAAAUUGUGUUAUUGUUAAAUUGUGAAUUAAAAAAUAGAGAUAAAGAUCACAAUUUUCUAAUGACAGCCCGACGCAGAUUUGCAUGAUAUCGAAUUACACGAGGACAGAAAAAGUAAAUCUAAUAAAACUGGUAAAUUAUUGCGCUGAUUAAUACUAAAAUUUGUAAAGCAUUUAAAUUGUUUUAAAAUUAUUUUUAAAAUUGUAAGAAAAAUAACACUAUCUUUGGUAUGUUUGAAUAGACCUAAUCUAAAUUAUUUUAUCAUCUGCACAUCCACGAUAAGAAAACCGCUUAUACAAUUAAAGUGCCUUAUAAAACAGAUUUAAUAUUUUAUUUCCCAAAAUAUUUAGCUAGAUCACAUCAUUUUUCCCGAAUACACAAAAUGGCAAACAAAUAUUUAUUUAAUAAUUCUUGCAUUUAUUUUUCUUUUAUAAAACAAAUUUAAGUUGUUUUGGUGAUGUACACAUUUAUAAAAUAACUACACACAGCGCCAUUAUCCAGUUCAUAAAUCACAUUACUGUGACAAUGCCCUCAUAUCAGAUCAUAUAACCAAAACUUUGUCUUUAUUUAAACGUUACGUAAAUAUUUAAGUAACGAAUGUUGCAAAAUAAAUGACUCAACGGGAUGCUAAUAAGAAUGGUUAAGACAUCACCGCAUUAUUAUGCGAUUGCUUCUAUUAAAUUCACAAACUGUUCAUUUAAAUAUUAGGCGAACUUAUUUUUUAGGGUAAAAAAUGAAUGCAUUGUCUGUAUACGAAUGCAUUAAUAAGGAGAACUAUCUGAAUGCCAAUUCCAUUAUAAAUUUAAAUAAAACAUUGGUUGUGUAUUUAGACAUGUAUUAAUAAAAUGUAAUUUGUAUUGCAAUCAUAUUGUAAAUUUGCCUGAAAGCGUCUAUUGCUU